AUGAAGGCUACCAUCCUCACCCUCCUGCUGUUGCUGCUGUCCAUGGCUGCCGCCAUGCACCCCGACUGCAUCCUGAAGAAGGAACAAGCCGUGUGCCUGGAGAGGAUCGAGAAGGCCAAUGAGAUGCUGGGGCUGAACGAGUCCUCGCCAGGCUGCCCUGGCAUGUGGGACAAUAUCACGUGUUGGAAGCCGGCCAUCGUGGGACAGGUGGUGGAGGUUGGCUGCCCUGAACUCUUCCAGUUUGUCAAUGAAGGAGGCUUUGACUUGGAGGACAAUGAAGCUCUGGAUUCUUCAGACACCGGGGUCGUGAGCAGGAACUGCACUGAGGACGGCUGGUCCGAGCCCUUCCCUCACUACUUUGAUGCUUGUGGGUUCGAUGAUUAUACUGACGGUGGGAACCAGGAUUACUACUACCUGUCGGUGAAGGCGCUCUACACGGUGGGCUACAGCACCUCCCUGGUGUCCCUCACCACCGCCAUGGUCAUCCUGUGCCGCUUCCGGAAGCUGCACUGCACCCGGAACUUCAUCCACAUGAACCUCUUCGUGUCCUUCAUCCUGCGGGCCAUCUCGGUCUUCAUCAAGGACUGGAUACUGUACGCGGAGCAGGACACCAACCACUGCUUCAGCUCCACUGUGGAGUGCAAGGCCGUGAUGGUCUUCUUCCAUUACUGCGUCAUGUCCAACUACUUCUGGCUCUUCAUCGAGGGGCUCUACCUGUUCACCCUCCUGGUGGAGACCUUCUUCCCCGAGCGCAGAUACUUCUACUGGUACAGCAUCAUCGGCUGGGGUACUCUGUCUCUCUGUCUCUCUGUGUGUCUGUCUCUUGUCUCUGUCUCUAGCUGCUGGGACAUGAAUGACAACACAGCACUGUGGUGGGUCAUUAAGGGCCCAGUGGUGGGCUCCAUAAUGAUCAACUUUGUCCUCUUCAUCGGCAUCAUUGUGAUCCUGGUUCAGAAGCUCCAGUCCCCGGACAUUGGUGGCAAUGAAUCGAGCAUCUAUCUCAACUGCGUGCAGAAAUGUUACUGCAGGCCAAAGCGGGCUCAGCAGCACUCUUGCAAGAUGUCAGAACUGUCCACCAUUACUCUGAGGCUGGCCCGAUCCACACUGCUGCUUAUCCCCCUCUUUGGAAUCCACUACACUGUGUUCGCCUUUUCACCAGAGAAUGUCAGCAAAAGGGAGAGACUCGUGUUUGAGCUGGGACUGGGCUCCUUCCAGGGCUUCGUGGUGGCCGUUCUCUACUGCUUCCUGAACGGGGAGGUGCAGUCAGAAAUAAAGAGAAAAUGGCGAAGCUGGAAAGUGAACCGGUACUUUGCUGUGGACUUCAAGCACCGGCACCCGUCCCUGGCCAGCAGCGGGGUGAAUGGGGGCACCCAGCUGUCCAUCCUGAGCAAGAGCAGCUCCCAGAUCCGGAUGUCCAGCAUCAACGCCGAGAACCUGGCCACCUGA